UUAGUUCGUGGGUUCCGGAGGGGAUCCGGUUCCGUAAUUUUGGAUGUUCCCUGUAACUUUGCUUGUCUUUGGGGUUUUGGGUUUAUUGCUCUGACUCUCAGUCCCGACAAAUCGAAGAAAAGGAGACUGGUUUCCGCCAUGAAUUCAAUAAGCAGAGCAAUACAGACCAGAAAACGCCUUCUCUCGCGCCCCUUGCUUCUUCUCCAAUCCCACUUCUCCACCACCGCCACUAAACCCAAAACCUCAACCACCUACACCGUCACUAAACCCCGCUUCAAGUCCAAACCACCGCAGCCGCCGCCAAACCCCGAUUUGCCGGCCCCGACCCAAGUCCCCUUCCAGCCAAAGGUCGCCAAUUCGGUGCGCCUCAUUGGUCACGUGCGUACCCCUCUUCAAGUCGUGCGUACUCCUGAUGGCAAAGUCUUGGCCGCCACCGUUCUCACCUCCUCUUGUUCCUCUCCGGGUUACACCUUUCGGAUUCCCAUCGUCUUUGAGGGCGACUUGGCUCAUACUGCUGAUCUGCAUUUGAAAGACAGUGACUUUGUGUUUGUUGCUGGAAGUUUGAGGUCGGAUUUGGAAAAUUUGAGUGCCGCUGAGGACCAGGCUCGUCUUCAGGUUUUGGUGCAUACCCUCAACUUUGUUGAAGAAUCUUAUCAACUGAAUAAAAGCUCUAAAGCUGACAGACAAGAAGAAAGGACAACUGAUCACACUGUUGUAUAUGAUGACAGGGAUCAAUCAUGGAAGAAAGAUCUUCUCGCAUGGAAAGAUCUCCUUGCCAAGCCUCAUGAGUGGUGGGACAUCAGGUUGAAAGAGGAUCCAAAGGCUGCAGCUUUUGAACGGAAGAACAAUGGCGAGUUACUUUGGAUAAAUGACAAAACUCCUGAAUUGAUCCUAAACAAGUUAGAUUCUUUGACAUUUGAUAAGAAACCUAUACCAGAUAGUCAGAAGCCAGAGACUCAGAAACCUAUAUCAGAUACUCGUGAAACCAUCUUGAGGAAUGAUGGGGACUCUACGUUGGGUUCUUGGAGUGAUCUUCUUAGUAAUCCAAAACAAUGGUGGGACUGCCGCAGUAAGAAGCUCAAUGGAUUGGUAAAGCCAAACUACCCUGAUUUCAAGCGGAAGGAAGGUGGUCAUGCUCUCUGGCUUGAGAAGGCACCAAAGUCGGUUUUGUCAGAACUUGAAGGCCUGCAUUUUGAUGUUCAAAUUCAGAAGUCAAAACAAGUAAAAGAGAGUAAAGGGGAGGAUUCCUGGAAGAACUUGGUGGAAAACCCGGAUAAAUGGUGGGAUAAUAGAUUGAAUAAGCGGAAUCCAAAAGCUCCGGAUUUUAAGCACAAAGAAACAGGUGAAGGACUUUGGCUCGACAGUUCGCCAGCAUGGGCACAACCUAAGCUGCCACCUUCAAAAACACAGUAAUAUGUAAAGAUUGGCAACACAGAUACGCCUCUCCGGUGAGACAUGCAAGCAUCUCAUGGUUUGCAGCUUAUUGCAGACUGUUUAUCUUCUGCCUUGGUUUAGUUUUGACAUGAAAAACCAUAGAGCAUUCGAACCAACGGCACAAAGCAUCUAAAACUGAAAAGGAAAACGUCUUUCAUAUCGUUUCCACCCCCGAUCACAGGGAAUUGGGGUCGGAAUAGAGAUUCAAAGUGACCUCUGGCAUCUGAGUAAACCAUCGAAAUACGAAGAUUUAUGAAUGUGAACUGUAUUUAAGUUGUAUAUUAAGUAUUAUUUUUUUAAAUUAAAUCGUAUAGUUGUGUUGGAGACCA